UGCGCCUGCGCAGCGUGGGCCGCCCGCGGAGGCAAUGAGGGGUCUGGUACGGGGCUGCUGGGGGCCCCUGCCAGGCAGCGGUGGCGGCAGCGGCGGCGGCGGCGGCGGCGGCGCGGGCAGGAGGCCGAGCCCUCAGUGGCGGUCCCUGGUCGGCCUGAGCGGGUCCUCUGGCGGGGAGGACGGCCGGGGCGCUCGAGUCCGCGAGAAGCCGCCUUGGCGGGUGCUCUUUUUCGGCAAUGACCAGUUCGCCCGCGAAACGCUGCGGGCGCUGCAGGCCGCCAGGGAAAACAAAGGGGAAGAGUUAAUUGAAAACUUGGAGGUGGUCACAGUUCCCUCACCAAAAAGACUGCCGGUGAAGCAAUAUGCUGUCCAAUCUCAGCUUCCAGUGUAUGAGUGGCCAGAUGUGGGAUCUGGAGAAUAUGAUGUUGGAGUGGUAGCUUCAUUUGGCCGACUUUUGAGUGAGGCUCUUAUUCUUAAAUUUCCCUAUGGCAUCUUGAAUGUCCAUCCCAGUUGCCUCCCGAGGUGGCGUGGUCCAGCCCCUAUAAUCCAUACGGUCCUGCACGGAGACACAGUUGCUGGAGUAACGAUUAUGCAAAUUAGGCCUAAAAGGUUUGAUGUAGGCCCAAUUCUCAAACAGGAAACAGUUCCUGUACCACCCAAGAGCACCACAAAGGAUUUGGAAGCAGUGCUGUCAAGACUGGGUGCCAACAUGCUUAUUUCAGUUUUGAAAAAUUUGCCUGAAAGUUUGAACAAUGGAAGGCAGCAGCCAGCCGACGGGGUGACACAUGCCCCUAAGAUUUCUGCUGCUACCAGCUGUAUAAAAUGGGAGGAACAAACUUCAGAGCAGAUAUUCAGACUUCAUCGUGCCAUUGGAAAUAUAUGCUCUGAUGAUAAGGUGAAGAUGAGCUUUACCUCCUCAAGAACAAGAAGGAUUCCGUUGCAGACACUCUGGGUGAAUAGUACCAUUAAACUUCUGGAUUUGGUAGAAGUUAAUAGUUCAAUCCUCACUGAUCCAAAAUUAACAGGGCAGGCUGUUAUUCCAGGAUCAGUAAUAUACCACAGACAGUCACAAAUACUGCUGGUUUGUUGCAAGGAUGGCUGGAUUGGUGUUCGAUCAGUGAUGCUCAAGAAAACACUAACAGCUACUGAUUUCUACAAUGGAUAUUUACACCCCUGGUACCAAAAAAAUUCCCAGGCUCAACCAAGCCAGUGCAGAUUUCAGACUCUCAGACUUCCACUGAAGAAGCAGCAGGAGAAAAAAAUUGUCGCUAUGCAAUAGUGCACCAAGUAGUUAGGAAGAAGAUGGACAAGUACCUACUACCUACUUGUAAUUUGUUAAAAGCCUUAUUUACAAGGAAUUACCUUGACUUUCAGAGAAGAUGGCACUGUUGGAAGGAAAGAUUAUUGUCAAGAAGCGGAAUCACCUCACUUUUCACUUUUCAUUUAACGGUAGUUAAAAACAGCUUUUUCUGUUUCAAUAACAAUAGAAACUUUAAAUUAAAUGUUUAUUUAUAAUAUCAGAUUCAUGGAGAUUGUAUCUUUCCCUAAGAGCAAGUACAACUAACUGUUACGUGUAUAUACUGAAGAGACGUUCUUUUAAAAAGUGCAUCUAUUAAAUUUUUAAAAUCA